UGAGCGGGGCGGCGGCGGGGGCUGGCGGCGCUCGCCUCGCCUCCCCUCCCCGCGGGGUGCGGGGUAGCUUUCCGCGCGGCCGCCAGGCUUCACCAUGCUGCGGGGCUAGAGCCGCCGAGGCGCCGCCGCAGCGCAGCGGGGUAAUAAUGUUAACAGAGACCAGUCUUUCCAUAUGGGGAUGGGGAAGUCUUGGCCUUGUGCUUUUUCUAGUAACUUUUGGACCCUUCGCUAUAUUUUACUUUGCAUUUUAUAUCCUCUGCUUUGUGGGUGGGGGUUUUGUGGUUACUCUUUUAUUUGGAAAAAGCAAUUCAGAAAAAUACCUUGAGCAGUGUGAACAUUCAUUUCUCCCUUGUACAUCGGUUGGGAUCCCUAAGUGCAUAGAAGAAAUGAAACGUGAAGCCAGACCUAUUAAGAUUGACAGAAGACUGACAGGUGCAAAUAUAAUUGAUGAGCCUUUACAACAGGUAAUCCAGUUUUCCCUGAGAGACUAUGUGCAGUAUUGGUAUUACACACUAAGUGAUGAUGAAUCCUUUCUUCUGGAAAUUAGGCAGGCUCUUCAGUAUGCACUUGUUCAGUUUUCUGCCAGGUCAAAGGAAACAGACUGGCAGCCUUAUUUCACUACACGACUUGUUGAUGACUUUGGCACUCAUCUUCGAGUUUUCAGAAAAGCUCAGCAAAGGAUAGCAGAGAAAGGCAAUCAGAUGAAAGAUCAAGCUGAGGAACUUGUAGAUACAUUCUUUGAGGUUGAAGUUGAAAUGGAAAAAGAAGUCUGUCGUGAUCUAGUCUGCACUUCUCCCAAAGAUGAAGAAGGAUUCCUAAGGGAUCUGUGUGAGGUUUUACUGUAUAUAUUGCUACCUCCUGGAGACUUCCAGAACAAGAUCAUGCGAUACUUUGUCAGGGAAAUCCUCUCCCGAGGAAUUCUUCUUCCGUUAAUAAACCAGCUCAGUGAUCCUGAUUAUAUUAAUCAGUAUGUCAUAUGGAUGAUUCGUGAUUCCAACUGUAACUAUGAGGCCUUUAUGAAUAUUAUUAAAUUAAGUGAUAAUAUAGGCGAGUUGGAAGCUGUGAAAGAUAAAGCAAGUGAAGAAUUGCAAUAUCUUCGAUCUCUAGAUACAGCAGGAGAUGAUAUCAACACCAUAAAAAAUCAAAUAAACAGUUUAUUAUAUGUUAUUAAAGUAUGUGAUUCAAGAAUUCAGAGGUUGCAGUCAGGAAAAGAAAUAGAUACUGUGAAACUGGCAGCAAACUUUGGAAAACUUUGCACAGUCCCUCUGGACCAUAUUCUGGUAGACAAUGUUGCACUACAGUUUUUUAUGGAUUACAUGCAGCAAACUGGUGGCCAAGCACAUCUGUUUUUCUGGAUGACAGUGGAAGGAUACAGGGUUACAGCACAGCAACAACUGGAGGUACUUCAAAGUCGGCAGAAAGAUGGAAAACAUCAGACUAAUCAGACCAAGGGUCUAUUAAGAGCAGCUGCAUUUGGAGUUUAUGAGCAAUAUUUAUCAGAAAAGGCAUCUCCAAGAGUUACUAUUGAUGACAACUUAGUAGCAAAACUUGCAGAAACACUGAACCAUGAGGAUCCAACACCUGAAAUCUUUGAUGACAUUCAGAGAAAGGUGUAUGAGUUGAUGCUGCGAGAUGAGAGGUUCUACCCUUCGUUCAAGCAGAACGUGUUGUAUGUGCGUAUGUUAGCUGAGCUGGACAUGCUGAAGGAUCCCAGUUUCAGAGGAUCAGAUGAUGGUGAAGGAGAAUCUUUUAAUGGGUCUCCUACUAGCAGCAUAAAUCUGUCCUUAGAUGACCUUUCAAAUGUCCCCACUGAUGAGACUGUUCAGCUCCAUGCAUACAUCUCAGAUACUGUCUAUGCUGACUCUGACCCAUAUGCUGUGGCAGGAGUGUGCAAUGACCACGGCAAGACGUACGCCCUGUACGCCAUCACCGUCCACCGGCGAAAUGCCAACAGUGAGGAGAUGUGGAAGACAUACCGGCGCUACAGCGACUUCCAUGACUUCCACAUGAGGAUCACUGAGCAGUUUGAAAACCUUGCAAAUAUACUAAAACUUCCUGGCAAAAAAACAUUUAACAAUAUGGACAGAGAGUUUUUGGAAAAGAGGAAAAAAGAUUUAAAUGCUUAUUUGCAGCUCUUGUUAAAUCCUGAAAUGAUGAAAGCUUCUCCAGCUUUAGCCCAUUAUGUGUAUGACUUCCUGGAGAAUAAAGCCUACAGCAAAGGGAAGGGAGAUUUUGCACGGAAGAUGGACACGUUUGUAAAUCCACUGCGUAACUCUAUGAGAAACGUAUCAAAUGCAGUCAAGUCUAUCCCUGACAGCCUGGCAGAGGGAAUGACUAAAAUGUCAGACAACAUGGGUAAAAUGUCAGAGAGAUUGGGACAAGACAUAAAGCAAUCAUUUUUCAAGGUGCCACCUCUGAUGCAGAAAACCUAUUCAGAUCCUGACCAUUGCCGUGUUGCAGCACCAAUUGAUGACAACGUGGAUGACAAUAUUCCGCUGAGAGUAAUGCUCCUGCUUAUGGAUGAAGUCUUUGAUUUAAAAGAGAGAAAUCAGUGGUUAAGAAGAAAUAUAAAAAAUCUGCUUCAGCAACUUAUUAGAGCAACAUAUGGUGACACAAUUAAUAGAAAAAUAGUUGAUCACGUUGAUUGGAUGACAUCUCCCGAGCAAGUAGCAGAUGCAGUGAAACGCUUCAGAGACGCUUUUUGGCCCAACGGUAUUUUAGCAGAAAGUGUUCCACGAAGGGACAAAGCUAUUAGAAUGAGAACAAGAGUGGCAGGGAAAACCAAAUUGCUGGAGGUAAUGCCAGAUGAACUGAAGCACAUCAUAGGUGCUGAGACUACACGGAAGGGCAUUCUUCGGGUCUUCGAAAUGUUCCAGCAUAGUCAGCUGAAUAAGAGAAUGGUGUAUGUGUUUCUGGAGAGAUUCCUAGAAACCUUAUUUCCACAAAAUAAGUUCCCUGAGCUGUUCCACAAACUGCAUUCAAGGUCAAAGCAAAUGCAGAGAUAUAAGCAGAGACUACACUCUACUCAAGCGCCUUCCUUACAGAAAAGAAUGUGGCUUCCUAAUUCAGUGGUGCCUGUUGGCUGGCAAGAACCAUCAGAAAUGAGCACUUUUUAUUAAAGCAAGUUUGUAUGUAUCUUUCUUUAAAAGGUUUUCCUGUCGACAAUUUGAAGUACCCACGCUGUGAACCCAUGCAGCCUAUUAUCCUAGGAAGUCUCCAAAACUGAAUGUUAAUAUACAGCACUGAAGUGUCUGGGUGUAUCUUCUGGCCUUUAGGUGCUGUGACUGGCCGCUGAAAAUAGUGCCACUAUCAACAAAUGCACUUGUUUUAGCCUUAAUUAUUUUUAAGAGAAAAUAAGCAAUUGAAUUUUUCAUUUGGUUCAUCCUCAAGCUUGUGCUGCUGGUGUUUGCUAGAACUAAACAGUUAAUUUUAAGUGCUACCAGAAUGUGUACCAAAAUGAAACUAUAUAAAUUCCACAAUCUAAAUUUUAAUUUUGUGCAAUAUUUUCAUUUAAUGCAUGUGUAUUUGAAUAGCUGUAAAAUAAAUGAAUUUUUAAUGUUCUGAAGUCUAGGUUAAAAAUGUCUUCUCAGGUGAACAAUUCUGCAUUCUGUUGUUACUUUAGUUUAUUUAAGGACUUGUUUUAAAAGUCUUACUUGUUACUCCUUUGUUAAUUCCUUUGUUCUCAAUGAUCCUUGCUCUCCUGAGCAAAGCUCAUGUAUUACAAGGGAAGAAUCUGAAGAACACAUCUCAUGAACUCAUAGAGCUGUUAUAAAUUACUUGUGCAUAUCAUUGUACAGUAAGUGUCAGCUGUGUGCCUAAUUGUUCUAUUGAUGCUUUUCCCCUCCCCUCCCCCUCCUCUUGUUUCUGUAACAAAGAAUGAACAUGAAAUGGACUGCCAUGGUCACUUCUACUGAAUGGCAGAGGACUCUGAAUUUUUUUUGGAGUUUGCAUUUAUGUUCUGUCCAAUAGAAAGCUAAAAGAUUACACUAAUAAAGUAUUAACAGGA